AUUUAUAUAGGUGGCGCUAAGUACUUCCGAGAAAACAAAAAUUAUUUUCACUAUCAGGAAUUUACAUUUUAUAGCUUUUUGUCAACAAAUCUAUAAAUAUGUCAAGAUCUCUGAAUCAGCGGGCGAAGGGCAAGACUUCUUCUGUUCAGAUUAGCACAUAUCGUGAUCAACAUUUCAAGGGAAGCAGAAAUGAUCAGGACCAUUUGCUUAUACAAUCAACAACGUUAUAUGUUGGAAAUUUAUCUUUCUAUACUACAGAAGAACAGAUAUUUGAAUUAUUUAGUCGAUCUGGAGAUGUGAAAAGAGUUAUUAUGGGUUUAGAUAAAGUCAGGAAAACUCCGUGCGGGUUUUGCUUUGUUGAAUAUUAUGUGCGAGAAGAUGCUGAGAAUGCUGUGAGAUAUGUCAAUAGUACCAGGUUAGAUGAUAGAAUAAUUAGAACUGAUUGGGAUGCAGGCUUUAGAGAAGGUAGACAAUAUGGUAGAGGAAAAAGUGGUGGCCAGGUACGAGAUGAGUAUAGAUCAGAUUUUGAUGAAGGUAGAGGAGGAUAUGGUAAAAUAGUUAUCAAUAAAAUACGUACAAGAGACUGAACAGAAGAAAAUCAACUUUGUAUUAGAAUAGGAAUAGAUUUUCCAUGUUUUUUAAGUAAUUUAUGUGUGUACGUUAUUGAUAUGCUUGAGGGAGAUUUCAAGAUGGUUUCUUGACAGUGUAAAUAUGGAUUUGAAUUGCAAAGGUGAUAAUUUGAAGGGCUCAUCUGGGAGUUGUCUGAAAUAUUUCCAGACAUAAACCCAAGAGAUAGAAUAAGUCCUGUAUAGAAUACUAUUUAGUAUGGUGGUUUUAAAAUGUAUGUAUUGGUAUAAAUGUCAAGACUAAUUUUUUAUUUGUUGUAUAUAAUGUCAUAAAAUGACACAUUUAUUCAUUUUCAUUUUGUAAUAAAAUUUUUAAAUGAUUU